AUGGCCUCUUUGAUUGCUCGUCUUAAUGACAUUUCAGGCCAAAUCGACGAGGUCAGAAAGAUUUGCCAGGUACCCUCUAUUUCCUAUGGAGUGAUCCACGAUGGCGAGGUCGUUUUGACGAAAAGUGUCGGAUUCCGAGACGAGCAUCAGAAACUCGAGGCGAACCCAGACAGUAUUUACAUGAUCGGUUCUUGCUCGAAGAUGUUUGCAUCAGCUGCAGCGGGGAUAUUGGUCGAUGAAGGAAAGCUACACUGGCUAGAUCCGAUCUCAAAACAUCUUUCUGACUUCAAUCCUGCUGGAGACGCGAACAUUGGCAAAAAAGCAGACAUUAUCGACGGAUUUCGACACUCUACCGGUUUGGCAUGUCCGCAGCUACUUUGCUUAGGACCCCAUGGAACUAUUAUCAAUGACGAAACCGACUAUAUCCGUCUCCUGAACGCCAUGCCGACAGCGAACCAUGAAGGGCAGCGAUUCAAUUCUUGGUGGAUGUACAACAACUAUCCCUAUGGAUUAAUGGCUAAGGUCAUUGAAAAAGCCAGCGGUAGCCGAUACGCUCACUUUCUAAAAGAACGAAUAUUGAGCCCACUUGGGAUGUCCAGAACGGCGGUCUUUAAGUCCGAUAUUAGAGACGAUGACAACAUUGCAUAUCCCCACUUUCCUCUAAGUGAUGGAAGGUUUGCCCAAGUUUCCGCAGACGCAUGGCCAUGUGAUGAUCAUUCACCCAUGCUUGCAGCAAUGGGAAUGCGGAGCAGUCUUAAUGACAUGCUCACUUGGUCAAAGGCGGUGCUUGCUGCGGAGUGGAAUGAGAACCUGACGGGUGACUGCAAGGUUAAAGAGGGUCCGAGUCCAAGCCCUUUGAAACAGAUGAACAAGAUUCGAACGGGGUAUUGGACAAGGCCGGUUGAUGAUAAAUUCCAGAACGAAGCGGAAUAUUGCCUAGGUUGGCUUCGAGUAACGAUUCCCUCGUCUAUGCUAGGUCUGCUGAGCUUCAAUGGAAUGAUGCGAAAGGAGAAGGCGCAUUUGGACAAUAUUCUUGGAGCUGAAUCAAAGAAGCGCUUGGCAAUUGGGCAUAAUGGGCUGAUGCCCGGGUCCUCAGCCGUUGUAUAUACGUUUCCUGAGACCCGAAGUGGUGUUGUUGUCUUGUCAAAUGGCAUUGGACUAGCCGACGCUAGCGAAUUCACCGCACAACUGCUUAUCCAGGCCUUGUUUGACUUGCGCCCGCAUAUCGACUUAAUGCCGUUAAUCAAAAUGGAAACGGACCUCCGAAGAGACUGGUAUCAGACUGAGCUUCUAGGACCUUGGCUAGCAAACCGAAAACCACACGACCAGGAACGACAGAGACAGCUUUAUAUUGGUGAUUACAAAGGGUUUGAUGAUACCGCCACAUUGAGCAUCCUUCCAAAAGGAGGAAAUACGGGCUCAGAUCCAGCACUGACUGUGAUUUUCAACCAUCAUGCUAAGACAAUCUGUGAUUUGGGCUUUUAUAAGCAGGAUACCUACAGCUUUAUGCCAACUUCAUAUGACAAUUGGAAGACAAGCUCAACAUUGAGCUGGAACGAUUAUCGGAGAACUCUCCUGGUCUUCCAUUUGGAUGAAAGUGAAACGGAGGUAGUGGGACUUGAGUGGACCUGGGACGAGGACGAGAAACCAGCUUGGAUGAAGAAGAUUUCCGAUUCGAGGACCCAGGACUGA